AUGGCUGAUGACCAAGCUGCAGUCCAUGGCUCCAGUAUACUGUACCCGUACGGCCCCGCAGAGGGGGACAGCGCCAUGCCCCCGGGCGAUGACGGAGCUACCAGCGCGAUCACGCUGUCUACUAGUUUUUCUUAUUACGAAAAUGUCCAUUCGUCCUUAUACGUGAACACAAAUGGUGUUCUAAGCUUCCUUAGAACAGUCACUGGUCACGACCCUUCCGCUUUACCACUGGGCUCGAACAAGCGGAUAAUCGCUCCGUUUUGGGCAGACAUCAAAACAUCGAUUGCGGGUACGGUGUACUACCGCCAGACCACUAGCGAGGCAGUGCUAAACAAAGUCAACGAGGAUGUAGGGAGGAGUGAGGCGUGUUCUAUUGGGGCCAAGUUUGCUGCCACCUGGGCGUUUAUUGCUACCUAUCACAAUGUGACGUAUUAUGGCGGAAGCAUUAAUACACCGAGGAACACUUUCCAGGUUGUCUUGGCAACAGACGGUAGCCGUUCUUAUGCUAUAUUUAACUACUUAGAAGUGGCGUGGACAACAGCGAAGUCAAACGGUGGAGACCCCGCGACUGGCCUGGGCGGAACACCUGCACNGCUCAUCAACUUGAAAGUUAAUAUUAAAGCAUUUUUACAUAUGGUGCUGUAUUAUAAACACGUGAACUGCAGUAAUUAUGGAAAGUGA